GGAAAUACCCCUCUUCAUUUAGCAAUAAUGCUUGGAAGGACAGAAUGUGCUAGAUCACUGAUAUUUAGUGAAGCUAACGUCAGACUGAAAAAUAAAUUAGGCUGGACCCCUCUAGCUGAAGCUAUUAGUUAUGGCAACAGAUAUAUUGUAAAGUUGCUCGUGUUUCGAAUGCAGCGGACGCAUAAUGAGGAAAGAGAGAAGAGGAUCCCUGUUUUGUCCAGUAAGUUUAUGGCCGUCCGGGACUUCCAGCUGACACUAAAAUGGGAUUUCCAUUCCUGGGUGCCAUUUCUCUCGAGGUAUCUACCUUCUGAUGUUUGUAAGGUCUACAAGAAAGGAAACAAGAUUAGACUGGACUCAACACUGCUAGACUUUCGUGAGUCAAUGUGGCAGAAGGGUGACGUCAGUUUCAUCUUCAACGCGACAAAAAACCAGCCCCUACUCAUGCUGGACAACGUGCAGCAAGUCGUCCAUGCCGUCAAGACGCAAUACAAUGCCAGCAGGUCAUCGUCUUCGUCGUUCGUCAAUGACGCCGGCUAUGACGUCAACAGCGACCUUCAUGGUCAAGAUUAUGACACUGCAUACCUGAUGGCUCACAGUAUUAUUUCAGCAUCCCUCGACUCAAACAAUGUCAUCUUCACGAGAACUAAAUCUGGAUAUUUCUCUUCAGCUGACAAGAAGGAGACUGUUGGAAAGUUUCAGGCUGAUUCUUACACUGUCAAUAACCUUAUACUGCACCAAAAGAAAAGGAAGGAACACCUUCCAGUAGAGAAGAGGGAAGAUGGAAGGAGUUUCAUUAAGAAAUUUGGAAAUGUGCAAGACCUAUGUUUCGACGACCCACCCCCACCACCAGCCAAUAAGAUGACUUGGUUUGAAUACAUCAAUGCUCCCGUUGGCCAAUACAAUCUAGGUCGACCAAUGAUGUUGAAGGAAUCAUCUAAGGCCUACAAAGCUUAUGUCUCCAUGAGUCAAGAUUUUCCACUGAGCUUGAAUGUUGUGAUGGAUUUGCUGGAGCUGAUGGCCCCAAUGAAACACUUCUCAAAGUUGAGAAACUUCCUGAAUACACGUCUACCACCUGGUUUUCCCGUCAAGAUAGAGAUCCCAAUCCUGCCGACGAUAACAGCAACGGCCAUGUUCACGGAUUUCGAAUGGAACGACAACCUGGCCGAUGAGUUGUUCGUAUUGCCCAAGCAUUACAGGACCGCUUUUAUUAAUAAUUUGUGACAAUACAUGUCUUGUAAAUGGCGUUAUCACCCUCUAGCCACGUGAUCUGUGUGUGUCUAUGUGUCUGUCUGUGUAUGUGUGUGUCUGUCUCUGUGUGUGUGCGUGUGUGGAGGGGUGGUGGGCCCAGAUUACGUUGCUAAAUGAGAUGAUAAUGUCAUGAUGAGUGAGGUGAGAUGUUUAUUAAUUGAUGGAGUCAAUCGUCGAUGAAGUGAUGAAUAUUAAUGAGUUGUUUAAUGGUGACUAUGCUAAUUAGUAGGCUUCGCAUGUGUUAAUGAUAUGACAAAUAUGUUAAUUGGAUAUUAAUCUUGUGCUGAUUGAUGCUACAAACUAGUUAAUUAAUUAUGCACGACUUAUAUUUAAAUUAAAUGUCGCAUAAUAAUAAUUUCUAUGUUAAACACUAUUGAACAUACACACACACACAUAACGCACACACACGUAGACGCAUAGAAACACAUACACACGUACACAUACACACACAUUAAAUAAAUAUAAUCCGUCCUUUGUUAACGUGUAAUUUUUCCGCGGUGGACUUUUUAUAGAUUUUUCCACAUCUCAUUUGUAUGUGUGUCUGUCUGUGUAUGUGUUUUGUUUGAGUGUGUUUUUUUAUUGCGUUUGUAUUAUUUUCUGCUUUUAAAAUUCUUCAUUUCUUUAUAGUUCUCUCUCUUUCUCUAUAGUUUUCUUUCUAUCUAUCUAUAUCUUUCUUUCUUUCUUUCUGUCU